AUGGGAGAAAUUUAUCUACCCUGCAGCCCUGCUGCUUCCAGACGGGCGCUGACCCUCAUCUUCCUCGAUGGUCAUGAGUUCAGAUUCGUAAGAUCUAAUUGGCUUAAGGCUGCCCAAAAGCUGAUGGCUGCUCGUGAGCCACUCAGAAUGCUGACAUCUCAGUCAUGGGACACGCCCGGGGGUUGCGAUCUCAUGGCUCGUGCAUUCCAUGUGCCCCAACAGGCCUGA